AUGCGGUUUCAAGCUAUCGCCGUAUGGCUCUUUGCCUUUGCGGUUUCUUCGGUUUACGGCACCGCCUUGACCUACAAGCUCGAUGCCGCUGAGAAGGCCUGCUUCUACUCCUGGAUCGAUAAACCCCCCGCGAAAGUCGCCUUUUACUUCGCUGUGCAAUCUGGCGGUUCAUUUGACAUCGAUUUCUCCGUUUAUGGCCCCGGUGAGAAGCUGGUUAUGGACGGAACUAAGGAGAGACAGGGCGAUUUUGUUUUUACCGCUCAGUCCGUGGGUGAAUACCGCUUCUGUUUCAAUAACGAAAUGUCCACUUUUGCGGAGAAGACGGUUGACUUUGAGAUUGCGGUUAGUCUUCAUUAUCUCCCGAUUGUGUUUCUUGAUUUUGGACAAUUUUGUCCCAGUUGCAUAAUAUCAUGGAGACCAAUUGGGUUUGCAAUGCUAAAGAACCUUUUGCAGGUCGAGAAUGAGGAACGAACUCAGCUGCCAUCAAAGCCUGGAACUUCCCCUGAACAGACGUCAGCGGUUGAAGAGACAAUCCUCCGACUAGGAGGUCACCUAUCAACUAUCAGCCGAAAUCAGAAGUAUUUCCGAACACGAGAAAACCGUAACUUCAGCACUGUGCGGAGCACUGAGAAGAGAAUAUUCAAUUUCAGCAUUAUCGAAAGCUUGAUGAUGAUUUCAAUGGCCGGCCUCCAGGUGUUUAUUGUCAGGUUCUUUUUCCAGGGUGCCAGGAAAGGUAUAGAUGAACGGAUGGGUCCGGCAUUGGGCGCACUGAUCGCCCAUGCGGCCCUUCCUCCCCCAUUCCACCUACCCCCCUUCACUCCCCUCUUCCCCUUACACCACCUUUUCGAGCUACCAGUAUGCUAA